AUGGCUCCUCAAUACAGUGGAGAUGACUUCAAGGUCUCAAACCUCUAUGAUGUCAAAGACAAAGUUGCCCUAGUCACUGGAGGUGGCUCCGGUAUUGGCCUGAUGAUAGUGCAAGCUCUGGCGAUCAAUGGAGCCAAAGUCUACAUCACCGGAAGAACUGAAGAGAAGCUUGAGAAAGUGGCCGAGCUGUACGGCAAAGAUAUCGACGGCCAGAUCAUCCCCAUCAGUGCGGACGUUGGUAAGAAAUCAGAAGUUGCCCGGCUCGUCAAUGAAAUCGAGUCAAAGGAGAAAUGUCUUUGCAUUUUGGUCAACAACGCGGGUAUUUCGAAAGCAAGUCACACUGUUUCUGAAUCCAAGGAUGCGGAUGAGAUGAAGAAGAACAUGUUUGAUGACGAAAGCAAUACCUACGAGGAGUGGACUGAGACUUACCAAACCAAUGUGGCCGCCACGUACUUCCUUACCACUGCUUGUCUGCCGCUCUUGCAACGCUCUACCGAAACGCACAAGGGCUAUUCUGCUUGUGUCAUCAACAUUACUUCCAUCUCAGGCCUUGUCCGCGUCAGCCAACACCAUCCAGCCUACAAUGCUUCGAAGGCAGCCCAAAUCCAUUUGUCCAAUAUGCUGGGCGCUGAAAUUGUUGAUGCUGGGUUGAAGAUCCGUGUCAACAACAUAGCACCAGGUGUGUACCCAAGUGAGAUGACAACACAAGAGAGUGGUGAGGAUCAGAAGAGCCACAUUCCGAAGGAGCAGUUCGAGGGCAAAGUCCCGGCGAAUAGACCAGGCUCGGAGCGCGACAUGGCGAGUGCGGUGAUAUUUGUGGCCACCAACCAAUACCUCAACGGCGUUACGCUCCAUGUGGAUGGCGGUUAUGUGCUCAAGGCUGGCAGGGUCUAA